GUCGCAUCGUUGAGUGUAGAUAGGAAUCCUAUAUACCGCAACGGUCGCAUGGAGGGUAUAAAUCCGUUGUUUAUGAAAAUCUUAACCUAACAAUCGUACAUAAUUCAUUUCCGUCGUAUUUGGUAGAAAAUCAGUUCAUAAUGGCACUAGCGAAUAUUUCAGGAAUACCAGACAAACACUGGCAACCACCCUUUGUAGCUUUGGAAACCACAAUGGGAGAGAUAUUGAUCGAGCUUUACUGGAAACAUGCCCCGAUAACUUGUAGAAAUUUUGCUGAACUUGUGAGACGCGGUUAUUACAACGGUACAAAAUUUCACAGGAUAAUACGUGAAUUCAUGAUUCAAGGUGGAGAUCCUACUGCAACUGGAAAAGGCGGAACGUCUAUUUAUGGAGAAUGCUUUGACGAUGAGAUACACGACGAUUUGAAACACACUGGCGCUGGUAUAUUGUCAAUGGCAAAUUCAGGCCCAGACUCAAACGGGUCUCAGUUUUUUAUAACAUUAGCUCCAACCCAGUGGCUUGAUGGAAAACAUACAAUAUUUGGAAGGAUACACACAGGUAUGGCUAUUGUCAAGAGGAUAGGGCUGGUUGAAACUGACAAAAAUGAUCGACCCAUUGACGAUGUUAAAAUUAUAAAAGGGUCUGUGAGAAAUUCUUAAUCAUAAAUAAAGUUGACAUACCAUUA